GCCCUCACUCACGUACCGCCAAUGGACCACACCCUGCACACGACAAUCAAGCACCGCAAGAGACCUCGUGAAAAUAGAGGACUGUCCCAGUCUAGCUUUGCUUUUGCUUCAAUCCAGUACCUGCUUUCCUUGCUCUCAAAGUCUCUCAAGCCUUUCGCGCCCCAAAUCAUUCCUCUUGUUGUCUUUAUUUUCUUGAUCCCCCUGACAUUGUCUCUUUCUGGUCUCGCAGGAUGGAUAGUGUGGAAGAAUGUCGCAGUUUCCUGGCAGUUUCCGUUGUUUCUCCAAUAUGGGUGAGUCGUGAGCAACAGUCUCGUGAUUAGCUGAUUCUUGUCUUAGAGAUGGUCUAGCUCCAUACGCAGAAAUCAGUCUUCCUCAGUUAUCAUCGCAGCAACCUUAUGAUGUACUACUACACCUUGUUGUUCCCGCUACCGAAUCGAACCUUGCAUUAGGAAACUUCAUGGCGUCUUUGAGGCUGUCAUCGGAUAGUAACCAAACCCUUGCAGUCGUUCGCCGUCCGGCCAUUGUCUUGCCACCUCAUGCUUUCUUUUUCUCCGGCAAACCCUCAAGCUUCAAUAUUGACAUCCAGCUUUUGCAUUCCUACACGUUUGGGACGAACUAUGCGAAUGCUCAUGUUCAGCUUGGUCGCCAGGAUGGAUGGAAGACACUGGGAAGUGGCCAAGGUCGUGAACUUGCUGUCUCCGAUGCAUCCCUCCGUGGCGUUCUCGUACAUCGCGGAAUGCGAGGUCUUGUAACUCGCUUCCCGUUCAUUUCAGCCGUGAUAUCUUCAAUGAUUUUCCUUGUCACCCUGCUGGCAAUGAUCAGCUUGUGCAUUCUUCCAACUAUGCUGUCCGGGUUGAGGCAAGAUUAUAUCGAUGAUGUCGGGAGCGAGUCUUUUGAUGACGACAAUCCCCCAAGAACACCGGCUCCAGCCGUCCCGAGUUCUGACGAUGACGAGAAACCACCACGUAGUAGGAGAACUUCUGGAAAGUCUAGGCCGAGGAGAAUUUCAAGUCGAAGAUCGGUAUGUAUCGGUGUUGCUGUUCCAAGGUAAUGUUUCAUUACUUUCUUAUAGGUGAAAGGGGAACCAUCAGACCGGUCGAUACCAUCUGGAUCUGGAGAAAGCUCAGCUUCUCUUCGACGGCGUCGGUUGCGUAUGUCAGAGCGUUUGUCUGAUUCUGAGUGACAUUGAGUGGAUGAAGAAGUAUUUUGCGCAUUGUUUUAAUAGUACUGUAAUGCUAUAGCUGACUUGUUUAUUACACUUUCUUCUUGAAGAGCUACGCCUUGCGAUAAUUACAAUCACCUUUGAACAA